GGGGCACUUUCAAGCCGCAAUUCGUUGCAGGUUCCGAUGCUUGAUCUCAACUAUAAGAGGGCCUCGCCUCCAUCCUGAAGCCCUUUCCCCCAAUCUAUCCCCCGCGACGCACAUAUCACUCUCGACCAUACCCAUCACCGCAUCUAUAUAUAGCGGGUUCUUCUCGUUUCCCCCGCGUCGGCGAUGUCCUCCUCGAACUCCCAACAAACCCGGGAAGCAUCCUUCGUCCUCCCCUCCGUCGUCGUCGAGCCUCUGAACACGGACGGCCUCUACCCUGCAGCAACACCGCCAGAAGCCACCGGCAACUGGCUCACACGCCGCUUCCCAUACGAUCAGCCGACGUGCGACUCUGCCCGCACCUCCAUCACCCGUGUCAACCUCCCGCUCGUCGAGGAAGAGGAGGGGAUGAGCGCGAGCGUCGCCCCCAGCAUCCGUAAUCCCGCGGAGGAGGCGGAGGAGGUCGUCGACGACGACGAUGCGCACACGCAGGACGACGGGCAUGCGCACGCUCACGAGAGCAAGACCGGAUCCAUGACGAAGCUCCCCGCGGACGAGGAGGGUGGCCCGCCCCCAGCUCCGCAAGCUAUCCUCACAUUCCUGACCGUCACUGCGAGGAGAAAGACGAUGUCGUUCGACCCCGAGACGACCGUCGGGAAGGUUAAGGAGCUUGUCUGGGAUCAGUGGCCAGAAGACUGGCAAGAGGAGCGGCCACCAGCGCCGGCAUACAUCCGCAUCCUGUAUCUAGGGAAGGUUCUACAAGAUAAUGAUACCCUGUCCAAACUCAAAAUCCCCAUCCAUACCCUUACUGCGGAUGUGCCACCCCCGCAGCCGACCAUCGUCCACCUCUCCGUGCGAGCGUGCGCGCCGUCAGGUGACGACCAGGAUCCGAAGAAGAAGAAGAAAGGGGAUUCGGACGACGAGGACUCGAGUCGCGGCUGCUGCGCAAGUUGUAUCAUAUGCUAGCGACGUGCCUCUUGUCCUUUGGUCUCCCUACCCCUCAUACCAUCUCCUUCGAUGCUCCGGUCAUUGUUGCUCGGUCCACUACUUACUAUAGGUCUUUUAAUCACUGUCCCUCAUCCGCCUGUUGCUUAUCACACUGACGUUUAUUCUCCAAUGAUUCCCCCUUUACGACGUUCAUGCCUUCACCAUAUUCCUUAUGGGAAACUACAUAUCACUCACUCUGUACUAUAACUAGGUUGGCUGCGGAUUGCAUUGCCAUCCUACUCGACUGGCCACGGGAACCGAGCCCUUGCUUGCACACCCCGGAUCGUUCAGACUGAGACUUGCACUUGGA